UCAUGACAACAAUAAUUGUCAGUUUAAACAGAUCAAAUUUCUCCAAACACCUAAAAGCCAGAUGAGACCGAAAUAUUUCUAUAAGGUUGAACUUGAUUGAAUAACCGCAAAAGUGGAAAAAUGGUCAAUGAUGAUGGAGGUGGUGAUGUUGAUGUGAAAGAUUUAGAAGUACGAGGAAUAAUCGGUUUCGAUGGAUCAACACCAAGAGGUCUGAUAAUACAUCCAAAUGGCAAACAUAUUCUUUACCCCAUCGGUAACAAAAUUUCCAUCCAAGAUUGGGUAACAAAACAACAGUGUUUUCUGACUGGACAUACCAACAUUAUAUCCGCUAUGGAUGUCUCAAGAUCUGGAAAGUAUGUAGCUAGUGGACAAAUUAAUCAUAUCGGAUUUAAGGCUUCCGUCAUUGUAUGGGAUUUCGAAAAACGUAGCAUCCUCUCACUGCAUGAACUUCACAAAGUAAGGGUGGAGGCUGUGAUGUUCUCUUUCGACGAUCAAUAUUUGGUUUCUUUGGGAGGAAGAGAUUGCGGAUCAGUAGUGGUUUGGCAUGUACAAUCUUCCAGUGCCUUAUGCGGAGGGCAGGUGUCAAGGGGUAUUCAGGGAACAGUCACUUGUCUGCUCACUAUGAACCGGAGAGGAGCCUGCUACGUCACUGGUGGUGAGAAUCAUCUAGCUUCUUGGCACAUAAACGCAGAGGCGAGAAGCACGCACUGCGUGGAUGUAAACAUGCUUAAGAUCAAAAGAACGAUCGUCUGUAUGGAUUCCGACGACAGAGACGAGGUUUGCUACUGUGGCACGAGUACCGGUGACAUUCUGAAGGUCCGUUUGAAUUUCCACCACGACAUCGAGAUCCUUCAGCCCAUAAAGACUCCCGCUCUUGUCGGUUGCUUUGGCCGGAUAUCAAAGAACCCGAAGAAACUACCUGCAGGAGUUGUAGAAAUGUAUGGACUAGGUGUGACUGCGAUAAAAAGACUUUUCACCGGACCACUCAUCGUUGGUGCUGGUGAUGGAACAGUGGAAAUAGUUGAAGAAGUGAAAUACGAGGCGAAGAAAACAUAUGCUACCAACUUGGGGUUGAAAGUACCAACAGUACCUGCUUUGAGAGUGAAAUUGUCGACUUGCGUUAAGUCUGCAGUAAAUGCGAUUCAAAUGAUGGGUGAAAAGACCAUAUUGGUGUCAACGACAAAUUGUGAGAUUUUCAUAAUUGAUAAGAAGACGUUCAAGGCCAAUUUAGUGGUGACUUGCCACACGUCUACAAUUUACCACGUCAGCUUUCCAUACGAUUUCUCCGAGGUGUUCGCCACCGCCAGCAAGAACGACGUGAGACUCUGGUCCGCCAUCACGAUGCAGGAACUGCUCAGGAUCAGGGUGAAGAACUUCAGCUGCUCGAAUGUGAUCUUCGCCAAAGACGGAAAGUCCAUAUUGACCAGCUGGAACGAUGGCGUGAUCAGGGCUUUCACCCCGCUGACCGGAAGACUGAUCUACGAGAUCUACAACGCCCACAACAAGGGCGUUUCCGCCCUCGGGAUGACCAAGCACGGGAAAUUGUUGGUCAGCGGCGGCUGCGAGGGGCAGGUGCGCCUCUGGAAGAUAACGCCGUCUUCGCAGUCGCUGGAGUGCACGCUGAAGGAGCACAAGGGGCCUAUAUCGGCUAUCCACAUGAACCAUAGCGAUACAGAAGCAGUGAGUGCCAGCACGGAUGGUUCCUGCAUAAUAUGGGACAUCAUAAGAUAUUGCAGGAGGCAGAUACUGUUCGCGAACACACUUUUUAUGUGCGCCAGAUAUUUUCCCACUAGCGUCCAGAUCUUGACAGGCGGAUCAGACAGAAAAAUCUCAUACUGGGAGGUGCUCGAUGGCACUCUGGUGAGGGAGUUGGACGCUUCUAGAUCUGGCGCCAUAAACGCAGUAGAUAUAUCACCAGAUGGAGACACUUUCGUUAGUGGAGGGAACGACCAGAUUGUCAAGUUGUGGAAAUAUCAAGAAGGCAUCACGACCCAUGUUGGGGUAGGACAUUCGGGCGUUAUAACCGCCGCGUGUUUCAGUCCUGAUGGCAAAUCAGUGGUGACAACGGACGCAUCUGGGAGCGUCUUCAUCUGGAAGUUUCCAACUGAACUCAAGAAAGGGGCACCGCCUGAGGUUCCAAAGAUACUUAUGCAACCAAAAAUGGAAGUGGUACAAGUUAAUCAGAAAGACGAGGGAAAAACAGAAGAUAUUAAAGAUCUUCCGAGCACCGAGAGAAAAAUCGUGAGCGAGCAUGGAGAACAUGGAGCAUGUUGCCCUUGUACGUGUUACUGUAAAAAUCCAGUUGGCGAGAAAGAUAAGAAAGAGUGAUCGGUUUCACGAAAGAGAACAUAUAUGUGUAUUUAUUCAAGUGAAUUUUUCAUGUAUUUAAUAAUUUUUUUAAAUUAAAUAUUUUUAUCAUA